AUGUACCAAUCCAGCUCUCCCUACGCCCAGCCGAUGUCUGUGCCCACCUAUGGCGGGUCAGGCUAUACCCCGCCCGUCAAUGGAUCUGUGCAACCUGGAGACAUAAGCUAUGGCCAGAUCGUCGGCGGGGAUGGCAAGAUAGUCUACCAGCUGUUCAAAGCUGUACCAGCUAGCUAUCCAACACCAGGCGGUACGCUCGUUGGUGUCCAGUGGGUACCUACUGAAGCUGUAUCGUCGAUCCCGCCGGGCGCUCUCCCUGCAAACCCUGACUUUGUGACCAACUGGGUACGAUCCAACCCAACGGCGGCCCAACAAGCUCUAUCAUCGACCAAAGAUAGAGACAAAGAAUCAAAGCACAGCAGACACACUUCCGACUACGACUCACUCCAAAAGGCCAGGGAACGCGAUGCAGCCGAAUCAAAUAGGCGCCAGAGCUGGAACCCAUCCCAAGCAACUAAUGGCAUUCCUUUCCCUGGUUCAACUGCUUCAGUCACGGGUUAUCCCCAGUCCAAUAAUACUGGUCAUACAGGCUACCCGCAGAGUACCGCCACAGGAUAUCCCCAAGCUUCAACUGCAGUCUACGGCAGUCCAUAUGCAGUCUUCGGCGACCCCAGCCAGUCCUACAUGAACCCUUAUGGCGUAGCUUCCGGUGGGCACCCAGUCUCUACCACAGAUACCCAUACCCUAGCACACCAAAUGUCCUCGAUGGACCUCAACGCUGCCCGUUCCAAAGACUCCAAAGAACGCGAGCGCAAGAACAGCGAACACGCAUCGGGAAAACGGUCUCGUCGUCAAAGCGCAUACGAGCCUCCCAAAGUGAAUGACCCUUACGCCCUACCUCCCGCUUCCAAAGAUUACCAGCUCCCCUCUGGUUUAUUCGGUGCAACUGUGCCAGGAUACGUCCCUCCCUACGCCUCAUCCCAAUCAUCCGACCCGUCUCCCAACUCCCAGUCCCGGGAUUUAUCCUACGGUACCCAAGGUCCCUACCAAUACCCUCAGCAACAACAAGCCUCUGGAGCAGGAAUCUACGGCGUCCCAUACGCCUCGUCCUCAUCCUCCACCCGCGCCCGUGCAAAUUCGUCCGUCGGACGAGCUACCACACCAGCAGCACCCACGCAUGUCAAUGCCGCUGGCGUCGAAGUCUACCCUCCAGGCCACAUAAUGGAGGGUCUACCCAAGAACCCGACAUCCAAAUCCCGUGCAGCCUCCCCAAACCCGUACCCAAUUCACCCAGUUCAACAACCUCCGCAAUCUUCCCUCGCAGGGUACCCCGGAGGACCUCCUCCUCGUGCAGCUUCAAGCCAAGGAAGUGGUGGCCGACCAGCCUCACGAGUCGGCCAGCUAAACGGAACCCUACCAGCCCACCAGCUGGCAGCUCCAGAGUCGUUCUCUCGUCCCAUCGUAGCAGGACUUCCCUACUCCGCUUUCAAACCCACCAAAAUUCACGAUAUGGACGCGUUCUUUAGCCAGAUGGCGAAGAUGCCCCCCGUACUGGAAACGCACGACGUACGGGCCGAAGAUUGGCAUCGAUUCAUGGAGGACCUCACCCUUGCAUGGACAGGCCGCCUCCCAGCCCAAGUCCGUGCAGACGGCAAAGUAACCCCACCCUCUUACCUCGCAUCCGAGCUAAUCCACACUUGGAACACCUGCUUCUUCGAACCACGGGGUGUCGAAAUAGUUCUCUACCGAGGCCUCCAACGCCGCUCAGGAAAGCUCUACGGUCGGUCAGACCUCGAUCCCUCUGCUCUGGGCCCGGGAUCAGGUUUCCUGAGCGAAUCCUCCUCAAGUUCUUCGGAAGAUACAGAUAGUGACGACCCUUACCCUCCUCCUAAUAACCGAAACCAGACAGCGUCUGCUGACCUAGCAGCAGCACGCAGGCGGUACUACGAGCAAAAGCAAGCCGACAUCCAACGUCGAAAGGAGCGCAGACGAAGAAACCGCGAAAAACGGAGGAACAAGCGAUACACUUUGUUUGCUAACUGUAUCCGGGAUGGAGGUCCCAAUAGGUCAAUGAUGCCGCCUGGCGGUCAUACUAUGGGAACGACAGGCGGGACUGCUCCUCAAGGAGCGGCGAUGAUGCCUUCCGUGAGCUCUUACCCUGGCAUGUACGGGUUGCCAGGUUCAAUGCCUGGUGGAAUGCCGCCUCCCGGAGUGGCAGGUUCCAUGGGUCCUCCUCCCGGAAAAGCAAGAUCUCACAGCCGAAAUACAAACAGCAGCGGAGGUUACUGA